AUAGAGGAGGAGGAGGAGAGAGGGCGACAGAAACCCUGCCCAGUGCACUGAACGGUUUCCUCUUGCUUGGUUCUAAAACGUUCAGAUUCCUUCAGACCUUCAGAGAGCCUGAAGUUUUCUCAUCUCUACUGCCCUGUCUGCGAGGCUUCAUUGAAAGAUGCGGGCCUGGAUCUUCUUCCUUAUCUGCCUAGCUGGCAAGGCGCUGGCAGCACCUCAGGAAGCCCUGCCAGACGAGAUUGAAGUAGUGGAGGAUCCUACAACUGUGGAGCCUGUCGGAGUCAAUCCCGUCCAGGUGGAGGUUGGGGAGUUUGAGGAGCCCACCGAGGAUGUGGAGGAGAUCGUUGCUGAGAAUCCCUGCCAGAACCAUCACUGCAAGCACGGCAAAAUCUGUGAGGUAGACGACAACAACACCCCCAUGUGUGUGUGCCAAGACCCUUCCACCUGCCCACCUAGCGUUGGCCUUUUCGAGAAGGUGUGUGGCACUGACAACAAGACCUAUGAGUCCUCCUGCCACUUCUUUGCCACCAAGUGCACCCUGGAGGGCACCAAGAAGGGACACAAGCUCCACCUGGACUACAUUGGGCCCUGCAAAUACAUUCCUCCCUGCCUGGACACAGAGCUGAUCGAGUUCCCCCUGCGCAUGCGCGACUGGCUCAAGAACGUGUUGGUCACCCUGUACGAGCGGGACGAGGACAACAACCUGCUGACGGAGAAGCAGAAGCUCAAGGUUAAGAAGAUCCACGAGAACGAGAAGCGCCUGGAAGCCGGCGAGCACACUGUGGAGCUGCUGGCCCGGGACUUUGAGAAGAACUACAACAUGUACAUCUUCCCUGUGCACUGGCAAUUCGGCCAGCUGGACCAGCAUCCCAUUGAUGGGUACCUGUCCCACACCGAGCUGGCCCCACUCCGAGCGCCUCUCAUCCCCAUGGAGCACUGCACCACCCGCUUCUUUGAAGAGUGCGACCUGGACAACGACAAGUACAUCGCCCUGGAGGAAUGGGGCAGCUGCUUCGGCAUCAAGGAGAAGGACAUUGACAAGGACCUCGUGAUCUAAGCCAGCAGCUUCCUUCUCUGUUGCCUCCUCUUUUUUUUACCUCCUGUUUCCUUUUAUUUUAAAACCUUUUUUGUUUCGUUUUUUCCCCUGGGGACAAGGUGCUAAUAUAGAUCUAAACGAAUAUUAACGGUGCUAAAAGAGACAACAACCUAUUGUUAGUAGCCUAAUGAAUACCACUAGAAUACUCUGCUCACUCAUCCAUCUCGGUGUAUUCUUCUCUGCUCUCUGAUUCGACAACAACAUUACAAUAACCAACCCUGUUCCUGUGCUAAAUAGCUACUCCCUCUUCUUAUCCACUCUUGAUUUUUUUCAGACUCCUUACUAACAUGUUCUUCAGAUCUUUCAAAGUAGAGCAAAGCCAUCCCAGAGGAUUAACUCCCUGAUUUUCAGACAUCAAGUGAGGGAAGAUGUAUCCAGAGGACGUUAGAAGAUUGGGCUUUCCAAAGUUUAGCGAAGCAAUUGGUGGUGAAAGUUUGGGGUGCUGGAUUUUAGUUCCCGUUAGGGAAGAUGGAGAAGGGAGUGGGAUAGACACUGAAGAUCCAGAAUGGCAAAAUUAAAAUUCCCAGGGCUUGAAUUUAUGAAUAAUUGGGCAUAAAUAGUUUUUAAAAAACACACAAAUUAAAAAAAAAACCAUCAUGUAAAAUCCCCUCUAAAAAUAAAGGUUUGAAAAUGCUACAUGCUUUAUUAUUACUCAGUGAUUGUAUUGUUCUUGUGUUUUCCAUGCUUUAAAGUUAGCUUUUGGUGCUGA